AGUGAGCCGGACCACCGCCCUAGUGCCACUCCGCACCCCGGAGAUCAGGGAUACCCUUCUGUUUUGAGUAAUUCAGGUGGUCAUUUAGUUUUGGGUGAUUUUGGUUCGAGGAGGUCUCAUUUGCUGCCAGACCAGCGUGCCCAAAACUAAUUUGCAGUCGACAUUUACUGCUAAACUUCCCAGGUAUCAGUGUGGUGGCAUUUUCCCGGCAGGGCUUCCUGCUCAGGAUGUCCUCAGGUGAGCCGGAGGAGAUGUGACCAUGGAGGCUCUCAGCUGUACGCACCGGCUGGCUCUGCUCCUGCUGGGCUUCAGCUUCAUCCUUACGGUUAAUGGAAAGUUUCCUCACUGCCAGUUCCACUGGGAAAUGCAGAGAGCCAAGAAAGAGUGCGAGACGCUACUGCAGACACAGACGCCUGCAAGCACAGGAUGUCUCGGCGAGUGGGACAACGUCUCCUGUUGGCAGAACGCGGUCUUCGAUGAGGUGAGGACCCUCCCCUGCCCCUCCCCCAUCCUGCGCCUGUUUGGAAAAAACGGUAAUCUGAGCAGGAACUGCACACAGAGAGGCUGGUCUGAUGUUUACCCCGUUGUCUCCGUCGCCUGCUGGUCCCCCCCCACUGAUGAACCCAGCGACCUGAUCUUCUACAAGGUGGUGAGGAUCCUCUCCACUCUGGGCCAUAGCCUGUCCCUCAUCACUCUGCUCACCAGCACCAUCAUCAUCUGCUUGUUCAGGAGGCUCCACUGCACGAGGAACUUCAUCCAUCUGAACUUGUUUUUGUCCUUCAUGCUGCGGGCCGCCGCCGUGCUCGUUAAAGACGAGCUGCUCUUCUCAGACAACCAAAACACAGACUGCAGCACGCAGCCCUCGCUGGUGGGCUGUAAGGCCAGUCUUGUCUUCUUCAACUACUUCAUCAUGGCCAACUUCUUCUGGCUGCUGGUGGAGGGUCUGUACCUGCACACACUGCUGCUUGUCAUCCACCGCUACUCCUUCCGCCUCUCCACCUACAUGCUCAUCGGCUGGGGAAUCCCUUUUGUUUUCAUGGUGGCGUGGAUCAUAUGCAGGAUUAACCUGGAGGACACGAGGUGUUGGGAGAUGAAUGAGAACCCUAUCCCUAACCGGCUGAUGAACUGGCCCAUCAUGGCGUCAGUCAUUAUCAACUUCAUCCUGUUCAUCAGCAUCAUCCGCAUCCUUGUGCAGAAACUGCGCUGCACUGAUGUCGGAGGAAAUGAGCAAUCACAAUACAGACGUCUGGCUAAGUCCACCCUCCUGCUGAUCCCUCUGUUUGGAGUAAACUACGUAGUGUUUGUCUACCUGAUGGAGCCGACUGACAAAACCAUGAAUCACAUCAAGAUCUUCUUUGACCUCGCCCUCGGAUCCUUCCAGGGCUUAAUUGUUGCUGUCCUUUAUUGUUUCCUCAACAGCGAGGUCCAGGGCGAGCUGAGGAGGACGUGGAGGAGUUUAUCUCUCAAGCGUUACGUGGGGCAGGACUACCGGCCGCAUGCUAUGUCCAUGAGCCGAAACGGCACUGAAAACUCUGCUCACUUCCCCCGAAACUCUCGGGCUCAGUCCAUCCUGCAGACCGAGACCACGAUGCUCUGACCGAGAGAAAAACUGUUUUAUAUAAAGACAUUCAGAACUGAAGAUUAAAUUCAGAGUUAAUCUGAUGAAACUCUCACUCAAGGAUUCUUAUAGACAUAUCGUUCGACACUGAAGGGACUGAACCCGUUUCCUGCAGAAGUUUCUGAAGCAAAGGACGUCUUGUGUGCCUCCUGAUCUCAUUUUGCAUAGGGCACAUGUUACAGUGCAUCCUGAAAUCCAGCGGAACGUAGACCUGCAUCCUCUUUCAUUUGAUUUAACGUUGAAGAAACGUUGCAAAUAAAGACAAUCGCUUCAAAAUACUUGGGUUGAUUUUCAAUAAAAGGCAAAACACACCUCUUUAUUCUAAGUAAUCCCAUAAAUGUCCGGGAGAGGAUAUCAUCUGUUACAGUGAAGACAACAAUAAACCUUUAUAAUAACUCUGGAUUUCAUCGUUAUGAAAAAGCCUUCAAAACGGAGAACAUUUAAACAACCCAGAAAGAAAUGAACGUAUUAGAAAUAUAUUGUUUUAUUGAAUUAAUAACCAGAAAAUAAGGAUGUGUCUGCAUUUUUUGGAACGUGACCUCUGAAAAUGAGGCCGCAUCUACUUGGGACCCUCAUAUAUUUGAAUAUUUUUAAAUGAUCCAGUAGUUUCCAAUACAAAAUACAUGAAUGUGUUCAUGUUUAUGUACAGGAGGGCAAAGGAGUCUUAUAAGCUUUUGCAUAAAUUGUAAACCUGUGACUUUAUAUGUUUUAUGUAUAAAUACUUUUAUUAUUGAGACUGAAUCCAUGUUUGUUUUUCCUCCUAAAGUAUGCUCUGACAUACAGUAGCCUACUCUGUGGAUGUAUUGCAUGGAUUAAACUGACUACCGCAAUCAA